GCUGCUUGGCUGGUUCAGUGAUGUGAAGAAUACUUUUUGAGGACUGUAUUAUUUACCGUGGUGCUGGUUUCGACAAGAUCACUUCCGUGUUUUUAUGAUUUACACUUGGUGUCUAAUAAUUUCCUCCAUCGACUCACAUUUAAUGUUGUUUUGUUUCCAUAGUAGUCCAACGUGCUCUGACUUCAAAGAUGGGAAGUUCAGACGAGUCAAUGGAGAUUGUGCGGGAAGUUCUAAAAGACAAAUUCCAACAUGGGUUGGUAAAGUCAAUUAAAUCCGAAAACAAACAAGGAAAAAUUGAAAAUGGAAAGCUGGCCUUGUCAGCCUACCGUGCUUUCGUCAUAUUGGCUACAAAAUCUACAAAGCAUUUACUUGAGCAUGAGUUCAACUACUUGGAGAUUAAAGGCAUAGAGUCAGAAAAGGACAAACAGGUGAAAUUUGUAUUGGAGAAUGGCAAGAUAAUCAACAUCUCAACAUCAAGUGUUGAGGAGACAGACUGCUUGAUUGAGUACCUCACAACUUCACUUUUAAAAGUCUUCCCGCAAACUCCAAUCUUGAAGUUGAUAUCAAGCUUGAAACUGGAACCGAAUGCACGUCAGACUGAAUUAAUGGACAAGUUGGAGAAUUUACCGCCUGCUGAUGUCGGUCCAUGCGGUGGCUUUUCACGCAUGUAUGCUUGCAUGUGUGAUCAUUUGAAACUUACGUACAUGCCUGAAGUUGCAUGGGACAUUGAAACUAUAUACUUGUCCCAGAACUGCAAGAAUCUAUGUCUGAAUGAUUUUGAUCAUCUUAAUCAAAGGGAUUUAACGCCAAUAAUUGCGGCUUUGGAGUAUAACACUUUCUUCACUCAACUAUCAGGGAACAGUCUAAAAGUUAAAUUGCUUUACAGGGAGGAUCAUGAAGCAACAAGUUCUCCUUUUGAGUUGAAGGUAGUAGAGGCAGUAAAAGCCAUUGUUCAUGUAUUGAAGAAAUCAGCCAUUGAAAAGCUGGUACUUGUUGACUGUAACCUAAAACAUGAAUUUGCACAUGGAUUGAAUACAGCUCUCCUAGCAAACACCAAAUGCUCUUUGACCCAUCUUGACCUUUCUCAAAAUCCAAUUGAGGAUCGUGGAUUACAAGCAAUGAGUGAUCGCUUAGCUAAGUUACCUGAUGGACUCGCAGUUCUAAAGCUUGCAAAAACUGGCAUUACAGGCAAAGGUGCUUCCUUUAUGUUCAAAACAUUCUACGAAUGUGAACGAAUGGCAAAUGUACUCCAAGUGCUGGAUGUUUCCCACGCAUCAUUCAAGGAACAUGAUUUGACAGAUUUGAAGAGUUUUCUGGCUCGUCCGAAUGCUUUAACACACUUGGACUUGUCUUUCACUGGCUUAGCCCUUGAUGAAAUCUUUAAUGCACUUGUUCGAGGAUGUCUUCUGAAAUUAUCCCACCUGAACUUGAGUGGUAACACUUUUACAACAAAGAAAGCAAAACCAGCGGCUAUUCCUCAGUCUAUCAAGAACUUCUUCGCGUCAGCAAUGGAACUAAAGGUUGUUGGACUUGCAGGAAACAAGCUGCCACCAGAGGUUGUCAAGGAGGUUAUAUUAGCAAUUAGUAUGAACAAGAAUAUUACAGAUAUUGAACUGGAUUUAAGCAGUAAUGAACUAAAAGCAGCAGGAUGCCUGAUGCUUGAGAGUGUGAUAGCUUGUGUUGGGAACAUCCGAUCACUAGAUAUUAGUGACAAUGACAUCAAUGACGGCCUAGCUAGCUUCUUAGACUGGGUUUGUGAAAAUAAAACCCUUAGAGUUCUGAAUGUCUCCAAGAAUCUAAUCAGAGCCAAAUCCCUUGAUAAAGUGAUGGACGCAUUUGUAAAGCUGAUUCAAGAGGAAGAACUACCUUUGGAAAACUUAUCAAUGGCCGACUGUCACCUGAACUAUGAAACCAUUGUUAUCAUUAAUGCUCUUGGAAGUAACACAUCACUCACCAGUAUCGACUUCAGUGGAAACAAUAUGCGAGACCUUGGUGCCAAGAUGCUAGCCAAAGCAUUAAUGAUCAACUCUAAGCUAGAAUUUGUGAACUGUGAUCGCAACAACAUCACUGCUGAUGGGUACAGAGAAAUUGCCAAUGCUCUAGAAAGAAAUUACACUUUGAAGGAAUUCCCAAUGCCAGUACAUGAUAUCCAUAAUAAUUCACGUCAGGAUUGCAGCAAAUUAGAAGCCCCGCUGCAUAGAAUACAACAACUCAUUCAGCGUAACCACAGUUCACGCAAGUUUAUUGAUGAUCAAGCUUUCCGUCUCCAACAAGGCUUCCUCUACACCACAGCUCACCAGAUGGUUGACAAGAUGGUGGUGCAGAUUCAGGACAAGGCAAUGGAACUGGAAAGCCAGGACUCGGACGUUGUUAAAUUGUUUGUAGAGGAGGGAGAGAAAUACAUCAAGGACGCUGACAAUUCAAAGAAGUUGCUGGCAAUGAUGCAUGAUGUAGCCUUAAAAUCCAGUCUUGUGACUGUUGAAUCAAAGCUCAAGUCUCUAGCCUCCGAGGUGCAACAGACGGUUCAAAGUAAACUCAAAGAAACUUUAAACAGCAUGUUGGAUUGUGCCGAAGAACAGUGUGAGACGGUGAUGGAAAAGCCAGAAAUCAAGUCAGAGUUGCUAUCGGCUGUGGAAGAACGUGCAGUUCUACCCGAUCGCUUUAUGCAAGAUGUCUUAGACCAAGCCGCGGCUGAUAUCAGCAACAAAAUCAGUGAGGUUCAUUUAGCGAUGGCUGCUCAAAUCUCGGACACUGUGGUUGGUGAUAUUCUUGCAAAUUUGGAAGAUUGUUUCAAAAACCUUUCUGAGCAUGCGGAGAAUGUACCUUCACUGGAUAAGCCUAACAAAGAAUCGUUUUUAGAUGAUGAAAAAUUUGAUGCUACCGAAGUUGUCAAUGAAGCUCCAAUCUCAGAACCACCCGUAAACCCUGCACUCUCCCGUGUAAAGGACGAACAUUUAACCAAGAGAACAACUAAAAGAGGCAUACGUCCUAAAUCGAUCAUUCCACAAGAUAAAAUAGACAUGGGUGUGGAGCCUGUUACACCUCCUGGAAAUGUGCAACCAUUUCCUGAAUUUUCACUGCCACAAGCAGUACCUGUGCCAACACCACCACCAGUGACAACAAAAAUAACACCACUGAAAGGUACUGGUUUCAGCGGGGAAGUAACAACCCUAGUUUCACUUACAAAGACCAGACCCAAGAAGCCACAGCGUACAAGGCCAACACGUCCAACUGUUCAGCCUCCUAAUUUGCCUGAAUCUGAAGUUAAGAAUGAAUUUACCAAUUUAGAGGGAUUUUAUACUGUUGUGGAGGAUAAGGCUGAGAAGAAGAAGGACAAGAAGGAAGAUAAGACGAAAGAUAAAAAGAAGAAAACUGAUGAACCUAAACCAACUGCUCCAGCGAAACAAGAAAAGAAAUCUGUGUUUGGUAUCUUUAAAAGGAAUAAAAGAGAUAAGAGUCCAAGCCAAGGCAAACCUCAAUCAAAGAAAAAAGAAGAUUCUAAAGAAAAGAAGGCAAAAGCAGCAGAAGAUAAGAAGAAGAAGAAAGUUUCAAAAGAUAUUACACCUGCUGUUGAGGAAAAACCAACUCCUCCUCCGGCAGAAAACAAGCCAACUCCAUCCCCAGCCAUUACUGAACCAGUUUCUCCACCAUUAGAGGAAAAACCAACUCCCCCUGUUGCUGAAGAAAAACCAGAGAAGAAGCCCUUGAAACCGCCUGGAGGUAUGGGGUUUGGAAACAUCUUAGCAAAAACUGAUCUGGAUAAACAUUUGAAUAAGAGAAAAUCUUCUCCAUUGCUUGUAAGUGGAAAGGAAGUCGAGCCUGAUAAGCCAAACAAGAAAGAAGAUGAAAAACCUACUGUGGAUCAGAUUCAAGAAGGGAUUCCAGAAAAUCCUUUAAAUGACAUCAAAAGUGAUUUGAAAGCUGAAAUUGAAAAGAAUGGUAAAGAACCUUCAGCAGUAGAACUUACUAAAAAUGUAGAGGAGGUAGAUGAUUCUGAUAAAAAGUCAGAACCAACAGAAGAGAAAGAAGAAAAUACACCUGUGAAAGCAAAAGAACUAAAGGAAGAGAAUACUGAAGCUGAGGAAGUGGCAAAUAAGGAGAUUAAAAGUGUUGGGGUGACAAAUGGUAAAGACUCAGAACCUGUUGACGUAGAAGUCAAGACUAGCGAAAACAAUGAUGUUCCAGUUGCCGUGGAGAAUAAAGAUGAAGUCAAAGUUGUGGCUGAAGAAGCAAAUAAUGAAAAUAAACAAGAAAAUACAAAUAUUGUAAAAAAAGAUGAAAAUUUUGAUACCACCGAUGGAAAUAAAAAGGAAAUAACACAGCCAAUUGAGAAAUUGAAUGAGGAAGAAAACGAAUUACCUCAAACAGAACUAAAAACUGAAACAGAAACAGAAACUCAGCCAUCUUCAAAAAUUUCUUUAGAGUCAGAAGGAAAUACUACUGUAAAGGAAACUGAGUCAACUGAAGUUUCAACAGAAGAGAGUGCAAAAGAGAAAGAGGAAGGAAAGAAAGAGGAAAAGGAUGAGAAAAAAGAAGAUGAAAACGAAGAGAAAAAAGAAAAUGAAAAAGAUGAAAAAAGGGAAGAAAUACACAAUGCAUCUGAGGAAAUCAGUGACAAAAUAGUAAAUGUAGUUAAUAAAGAUGUGACAAAAAUAUGUACUGAUGAGGAAAGUACGGAAAAAGUUCCAGAUGUAAAUGGAACAAAGGAGAAUACUGACACGACUGAAAGCACAUCAGCACCAAAAGUUGAAACAGCAAAACCAGUGUCACCAGAAUCAGACCGACCAAACUUGCUUUCAAUAAAUGUGGAUAGUGCAAGUUCUGAAAACAAUGAACAAAAAUCACCCAUCAAGAGUCCUAGUAGGCCAACACCAUCCCCAAGGCCCACAGCUGCUCCAAGGCCAAAAUCCGCACAAACCGAUGGACGUCCUCCACCUGUUACUAAACCUAGACCAACAUCUAUGAAGCCAUCACCAUCAACGAAGCCAAAACCUAAAAAAUCUAAUAGUACUUUACAAAUGGUGAUUGAAAGCAAUGUGGCAAAUGCUGAGACGAAUGGAACAUCAAAUGGUGAUGUUAAACCAAGAAGUGAAAAAUCACCGCCACCCUCAAAACCUCCAGUGAGAGCACGACCAAAAUCAAUUGAAAAUUCACCAUCAAAGAACUCACCAGAUGUAGCUGAUAAAAACUUUAGUCCUAAAAAGGAAUAAUAAAUAAUCACACCAGAUUCAUGAUCAAUAUCUAUUGAUUAUAAUUUGUCAGAAAGUGCAAGACUGUGCAAUGCAACUUUCCAGAAUGCCCAUCAAACUUCAUAGAUGGGAAAGGAAUACGAGCUUGUCUCAGAGCCACACUCUGCCUUGUUUUUCUAUCAGUGGUUGUCGUUUUUUGGGAAUACAGCGACAAUAUCCAGGAGCAUGGCUUAGCAGAAUGGUCAAUUUGAACGUCUAUUUACUCAUUUCUCUCAAGACCUCAACCUGGACAUUUCAAGUACAGUAUGUAGAUAUCAAUAUUUAUGAUGGUGUAAUAAAAAUAAUGAUACUGUAUAAAUUUUUAGGUUUAUAUUGAGACAACUUAUAUAGUAUAGUAUAGUAUAAAUCUCAGAUUUAUAGUAUUAAAUAAUGGAGUUGAGCUGUAGUUUGGUCAACAUGCUUGCCUUCCAAUCCUAUGGUUCUCAAACCAGAAUUUUUGUCUCGUAUGACUAAAAUCACCACUCACAGACCUCUCCACUAAGCGCUGCCCUCACUAUCAACUUUUAUGUGGCAAAUACCUGUGCCUUGCUCAUAUAUGCGUGUAUAUAUGACAUCAUGCCCAUAUAUAGGAAAUUCACAGGUAUUGAUCACGCAAAAUUUGAUAGUGUGGAAAGUCCAAAUGAUAAGCUUUUCUAGAUGGGUCACAAUAUUGUGUAAACAUUAAUACAAGUGAAGUAAUCUAUAAUUUUAUACUUAAAGUGGGAAAAAAAAAUUACCAUAUUAAAGUACUAAGUGCAUGUACUGAAGAGUAAUUAAGCUUCUAUAUAUUUAAUUUCUAUACCUUUUGUCUAUGACUUGAGAUAAAAUAAUGUACUGUAUUUCUUUAAUUAUUAGUUGAUGAAAUAUACAUAAUACUGCAAAAUCAUAAAAUAAAGUUUGAACAAUUUAGAUGAUGAAAAGUAGUAAAAAAAUAUCAGUUAAAGUAAUAUCUGUUAAAAAAAAAUUGGUAUUUCUAUGAGGAAUUUAUAAUGUUUGCAAGUGAUUCAACCAGUGUUUAAUUAAAAUGUUUGAAUGCUUACAUGAUGAGGUCUGCUGGUGAGGACCCCACUCCCCCUCCUUCAGUUGUAAGAAUUGUUGCCUUGUAGAUAUUUCAGGGAACAAUUUGGCCAAAUCAGAUUCAGUUGUCAAGUACUGUAUAGAUAUAUAUUAUGGAAGUAAAAUACGAUUUGCAGUAAGGUGAUCUGUAUACGUGUAAAAAUAAUUUUAUUUUUGCAUUAUAAUGAAGUUUACAAAAAUGAAAUGGUCUUUUCAGCAUUUAUUUCCGUGAAUUGGAAUAAAUUAUAAGAUAUAAACUAUUGUGAAUCAAAUUUCUCGAAUUUGGAAUAUUUAUUUAAAGUGCCCUUCAGGAAUCUGGUAGAUUAAGUUCAAUGGAAACCCUGAUUAUAGUGUUAUGUUUGUCAAAUUGCACUAAAUAUUUUUACAGUGUCAAAUGUCAAGAUUGUGUAAAUGCCACUGUUAUGGCCUUUAAAAUUUAAAAUUUCAAAAUUUGUCUUCACUUUGCAAAACAAGUGAAUUACCUGCAACACUAAAGCACAUAGAAAUGAAUGUAAAAUGCAUCAUACAUGUGAGCAGGCAUUGACCAUACCACUAAUUGAGAACCUCUCAAUCAGAGACCUCAAAUGUAUAUUUUAUAAGGCCAUCCUUGCAGCUCAUCAUUCUUCCCCUAAAUACGGUUAGAGUAUGAGUAUACUAACCUAACCGUUGGGCCAUUACAAUUCAAACGGUUUGUCUCAGAACCAAAAAUACCAUCAAUUGAGAUUUGUAUGUAUGCCACAUGGUGUACUGAAACCUAUAAUUAUUUAUUAAGCACAUUUUUUAUCUAUUUGAUAGAUACUUAUCGAAUAAAGACCAAAGUUGCUAAAGACCAGGAAAACCUCAUUCCCAAAAACGGUCUUUAAUUAGAGGGAGACCUGUGACUAUAAUCAUUAAUACCUAUUAAUGACACAUUUUAAGGCCUAUUAAUGACACAUUUUAAGGCCAUUUUUAAAUAUUACUUGAGCAGAGAUGCCCAACAUCAACAUGGUAUGUCUGUUUGUGCAAAUUCGACAUACAGUAUAUGCAUAAAUACUAUUGGUUACCGUUUACACUUGAGUGUACAGUUUUAUAAAUGUCAUCAUAUUGAGGGCAGUAUUUAUGUCGUGUUCCUUCACCAAUUUGAUAAUUAUAGACAAUUUAAAUGCUAGGCUUACUUGAAAGCAAAGACUACUUGUAUUUAGAUAAACUAUUUUGGUUAAACAAAUUGUGUUUUUCUAGCUGUGUUUUCUUAUUAUGUACAUAGCAUUUACAUACAGUGGAAAAAUUCAAUCAAGUUUGACCAGUUUUAAUAAUAUUUUGAUAAUCAGAAUAUUCAUUUAAUUUUGUAUAACUAUUAUUUUCUAUUCUAUUAUGUGUUUGUUUAUAAACCUUUCUUUCAAUAGAAUACUGUGUAUAUUUAUUGUUGUUAGUGGUGAUCAUUUAUUGCUAUUGUAGAUAUAUAAAAGUUUACUUAUGCUCAUUAUUCUAAAUUACAUUGUAAGAUGUCCCAUCAUAAUUUCACAUGUGUUUUCUCAUAGGUUGUAUUGCCUUAAUUCUUUUAUUUGAUAACUGUGGGCCAAAGUAUAACAAGUUAAUCUAUAGUUAAUACAUUUGCUAACAAGGAUGAUUGUGCACAAACAUAAAAUAUAUAUUAAAUAAAGGUUAUCUUUCAAAGUCUUAUUUGCAUGUAGGAUUUGCUGUCUUUUUGACAGUUUCAGCAAAAUAAUUGCUAUUAUAAGUCUGUAUUGACGUCAUCACUGAAACUUCCAGUGUUAUUUUUCUAUCCCAAACCGUGCACUAUAGGUAAGAUAAUUAUAAAUUAUGCUAGUGUAUGAUUUUCAGCAUUAAUUGCUUAUUAGUGAAUACUGAGUAGACCAUCUAGUAAUUAUCAUUACAGCAAUAGGUUAACUUUGAAAGGUAAUGUUUAUUUAUUGUGUCAUCAACAAAGUCAAGCAUCAAUAUCCAUGCUGCUAUCCCAGCAUAAACAUAUUUUCAACCAAACAUUUCCAUAGCAAAGCUAACUCAUAAGUAGCAGCUGUCAAAUACCUAUUUUUAUACACAUGCGCUGUCUGUGUGAGUAGUUUGAUAAAAUAAUUGAACCAAUGACUUGGGCUAUGUUCUCACACGGCAGCUAACGAUUAGCAGGAUCCGGAUCCUGCUAACCGGUAGCUGCCAUGCGUCCAUACAUGAAAAUCCCGAUACGGAUACCAAAAAUAUGAUGACCGAAUUACUGGCCAAUAAGAAACUGGAAAUUGUUAAACGUGUAUGUGUGAUUGGUUGAUGAUGAAACCGCGCUCAACUUGCUAACCGUUACGUUGCAAACGGUUAGCGCUAACCGAUCGGGCGUUCUCACGCAGGUGCUAACGGUAAAGCCUGUUUUCCACACGAAUCCAAGGCAUCGGCUUAUGCAUAUGCGCAUUCACAUUCCUAUCAGAGUUUUUGCGAAACGAAAAAAUGCGCAACCAAUCAGAGCUCAGGAAGCGAACCAACGCUUUAAUUCGCGCAAAAAAAAUCGCCUAUUGGAAAGCCAGCUUUAGCUCCUGAUCCGGAUACUAGGGUUCUCGUGAGAACCAGGCAUGAAUGUUUAUUAUACUUAUCAUAAAUACAUUCAUGUUUUGGUCACAAGUAAUUCUGAUAAUUACUUAAGGUGUUAAGAACACACUGUACUACUAGGUAUAUGUUGUGGAAUAUCAUUUAAGCUGCUGCAUUCAACUCGGAUUCGUUCGAACCGAAAUUCGGACCGCCUUUAUGAUGCGCUACCAGCGUCUCUAUUCUUACACAAUGAUUCGAUUUUCUGUUCGGUUCGGGAGGCUUUCAGAUCCGAAAAUUCUGAUUUGGUGUUAAUGCACCUUUAAUUAAUUAUACUUUUUUCGUGGACCACUUUGCAGCCAAGUAUGAAUUUUCAAAGACCAUUAUACUUUUAUGAAUACAGGAUUUACGUGCAUAAUUAUAAAGGGUGAAGAUAAUGUUUAGUUUUUGAAGACACAAGAUAUUAUUAUUACUGUAGUUUUGUAUAUCUCCUAUGAUUGCAAGUGUAAUUGAGGUAUCGAUUUUUGAUUUAUGUAUUUUCUAUAUCAUUAUUGCAAUAUACAAAAUAAGUGUUGGAAUAAAAUAUCAAAUAUUGCCAAUA